GGGAAUUUGCUCAUAAUACCCUGAGAAUCUCCUGAAUCCGUGAGCUGAAGCUGUGGGAGGUGUAGGCAGUCUCCCCUGUGCAGAAAUUAGAGUAGCUGUGAAUUACGCGGGAAACGAGCAGAGGGAAACAUGGGUCGCGAGGUGUUGGUCUGCCUGACAGGCCAUUUAAAUCCCGGGUGGCUAGCGCGGGAUUUCUCGAACUGGCCAGGCACUGCGGCCUACUUGCACACGGCCACAAGCCCAUGGUAAUUUUGGUGACUAAUAGCGAGACAAAUUUAAUACUAAAUCAUGCCAUGAAAGAGGUAGAAGGUAAAUUAACUUCUCUCCCACCCCACACCUCCACCACGUCAUCUCUGCACCACCAUUAUCACCCACACCCUGUCACUACCAUGGACCUCUACCUACCCAGCACAGAACCAGGUCUCACCCUACAAGAAAUGAUUGACUGUGAUAUUAAAUGUGGCAUUGAUUUUAAUGAGGGACUUGAUACUAUGAUGUCGUCCUCGGAUUUAAACUCGUUAGACCUAUCAGGAAUGUCUUCUUUAGAGGCUGAGUUAGACUUGAAGUCAUUUGAGCCACUAUUUGACCCCCUUGAAAAGCUUGAAGAUAUGGAUGUCACUGAUGAUCAUUCAGCUGAAGAGCUGAAUGUUGUUAAUUCAUGGAUGAAUAUGUCAUCCAUGAGCAAUUACAAUUUAGACAUAGAAAAUAGUGUUAUGGUCAAUCCCUCUGCAGUGUUGCCAACAAAUCUUCCUUCACGCAGCACAAGGCAAGAACCUUCUACUACAAUGAGUUCUUCAGUUUCAAGUACAACUACUACUCCUACUGUAUUUAUUAAGACAGAACCUCAGCAGGUUGCUGCUACUUCAUUACAGACACCUCAGUCACAGGUAGCUGCGAGUGGAACAACGAUAACCACACAAGUUACCGUAAUGCGACCACGGACUACCGUUGGUCAAACAAUACGUCACCAGAAUGCUAUGGUGUCUGCCCAGUCAACCACUCAUUCCUCAUCUCAGCCUACUAUUGUGACAAGGCCAACCUUGGCCACAUCUCAGAUGGUGGUGCAAACAACCCAACGCACUGCCCCUCAGUUAACUUUGGCUUCUACUGCAUCAACAACAACAACUCAUACCACAACACCAAUUAUCACUGCACGUACCACAACUCCACACACUAUUCUUAAUAAUAGGUAUAAGAGUACAGGGAAACCUCGGAAGGAUCUUCGGCCAGAGGAGAGAGUGUUCCCUAAGCCUGCUUACUCCUACUCUUGUCUCAUUGCCCUGGCACUCAAGAACAGUACUACUGGCAGCUUACCUGUAUCAGAAAUUUACAGCUUCAUGUGCGAACAUUUUCCCUACUUCCGGACAGCUCCUAAUGGUUGGAAGAACUCGGUUCGGCAUAAUCUUAGUCUCAACAAAUGCUUUGAGAAGAUUGAAAAACCAGUUGUGGCUGGUAGUAAUCAGCGUAAAGGUUGCCUGUGGGCAUUGAAUCCUGCCAAGGCACACAAAAUGGACGAAGAAGUUCAAAAAUGGAGUAAGAAGGAUCUUCAAGGAAUAAAAGAUGCAAUGGCAUAUCCAGAAGUGCUGGAGGCAUUAGAACGAGGUGAAAUGAAAUUUGAGUCAAAUGGAGGUGUUUCGUCAUGUAGCGAAGAUGAAGACGAAGAUGAAGAAGUUGAUCCUCUGGCAAUUGACACCCCUAUCACUCCUACAGUUGGGACAGUGAAGAUAUUGAAUCCCCUUUCAUCAACCAUCAUAACUUCUAAUCAGAGGGGAGCCCAAACAGUUCUCAGUAAUCAACAGCAGCACAUAAGACAGUCACUGCAAAAUGGCCGUUCUCUAUCCACAAGUAUUGCCCAGUCUCCGUCUACCCACACAAAUGCUCGAUCUACAUUUACAGCGCAGUCUUUAAAGCGCAACUCUGUUACCUCUUCUGAGGAGCCUGAGUACAUCCUUCCUGAUUCAACCAUGACAGAAAUUAGUCUGCAGUCAAAUGGUGCUCUGGUUGAUGAUCUUGGAAAUGAAAUAAAGAUAGAGAGUGAGUCGCCUAUCCAAGCAAGUCCCUCUCCACGUGGCCUGGUUGUUCGCAAGCUGCCAGGCGUAACUCCACUCAGGUCUGCCACUAUGCGUGCCAAUUAUGUGUACACGCCAACGAUUUCAUCUCCUCAUCAGCAGCAUACACUUAAUAGACUUGUCCUCACCAAUGGCAAGUUAUCAUAGUUAGAUGACAAUUUUUACUGUAUUAGUAAGUGGCAUCAUUUUUUCCUCUCAUUAAUACAUCAUCCUUAAAAGGGUUUAUUUUUCCUUUGUUCGUCCAAAAGUUAUUAGACUUCUCCCCGAGUGAAUCCGAGGUGUAAUUUACAAUAGUUAGUAUGCUUGAUUAUCAGAAAUAAUGGAAGUAUAAGAGUUUACAAUCAUUGUAGGCAUUAUUAGAAUGUCAGUUUUUAAGUGUGAUGUGUAAGAAUAACACAUGAUGAAUGAUUGUUGUCGUAAUAGUCAUUGUAGGCAUUGUUAAAAUUUCAUUUUUUUUUUUAGCGUGAAACAAGAAAAAUGUAAUGGAUGAUUGUUGUGGUAAUGUGUUGCGUGUUCUGGAGAAAUGCCAUUAUGCAUGAAAAUCUUCCACUUAUUUUACAUGAUGUCCUGUAUUAAAAAAAAAAUUAAAUAUUUGUUUUACCUAUUUGAACAUGUACUUUGGCAUCACUCACUUUCCUUUGUUUGCUGUUCAGGUGUCAACAGUAAUAAUUUUCAUGUCAUUAGGGUAUUCUUCCUGGGUGGUGCUCUGUUAAUUCACAUUUGAUUCAUUAUGAAAAGUAUUAAAAUACUCCUAUAUUCAUUACUUUCUUCCUCAUAGUGCAAAUUGUGACCUAGUAUUCCAUGAUAUCUGUACCUUUAUCUUAAAAAUGACUGUAUAUAAAUUGUGAUAACCAAUAACCAUAGGUUGUAAGGAGAAGGCAACUGUGCCCUUCUGUGAGGCAUAAACAAGGUGCGAAAAACAUUAUGGCAAGUCUCGGCUGAUGAAUGUGAUGUAAUGGGAUUGCAAACUAUUGCUGCACCCUUACAACUGAAACAUUGUCCGAGUCCUGUGAUAAUUCUUUUAACUGAGACCGGGCAAACUUAUGUACCUGAGAGUGUGUAAUAGUAUGAUAGCAGGAGCAUAGGUACUCUGUGGCCAGAUUAUUUUACAAUAACUUUUAGUGAUUAAAUUGAAUGACUUAUUAUUUUAGUAUGUUUUAUUUGCAGUGAUUCAUAUAAAUAGGCAGUCAAUCAGCAAAUUAAGUACUGUGGAUCACUGGUACUAUAUAUAUUUUUUUUAAUGUUGAUUUUAUUGUAGAUUUAACCCAGUCUAUAAAAGAUUUUUUUUGUUUAUUAAAGUAAACCAUAUUUAGCGUAUUUAAUUAGAAGAAUAAUUUUUUAAUAUUUGCCACAGAAAAACCUGCUCCAUGUCUGCAAGUAAGAGUCUUUCCCUUAGGGGAUUAAAAAAGAGGGAGACUAGUUAGUUAACUUUUACAACUGCUAUUCAGGGACAGCAGUGGUUGGUAUCAGCUCUCACUAUAUAUUAUAUUUAGUGAAGUAUUCUUGGUAUUAAUCAUUGUCUUCAUUCCUCUAUUUUCCUUGGUGGCAUGGUCAAAUUUGGGCCAUUAUUUGUACUUUUUGAAACCCAUUCCUUGAAAUUUAAAAAAAAAAAAAACCAGUAUUGACCUGUCCUUUCUUUACUGGUAAAAUAAUUUAUUAUUUCUUUGCUUAUUUAUUUCUGUUAUUAUUUGUAAACUACUUUCCUAAUAGGAGCUUAAAAUUGAGAUCAUGUGCAAGGAUUAAUAAUUGAACAUGGACUUGCUCCUUUUCAUAAACUACUAGUCGUUCAUUGUUUUUACUGUAAUUCUUGUAUGUGCAAGAUGUAAAUUUUAAGAAUUAGAUACAAUUGGAUCUCCAUUAGAACAUAAAUGUUAAUAUAGUUAAAAAAAAAAAAAAGUGUAACCUGAGUAGAAGUAAUUGAUAGAGAUGCUAUUAACCUGAAAUCUUCUUCCUAAGUGUAAGCAG